AUUUAGUUGUGUGAGUCCUAAAUAUAACUUCAGGACCAGAGCGUGACACACUUAGAAAAUACCCACAGUGUCAGGUACACAUGGCCGCCCGCAUACAACAGGAGCAACAUAUCCCGAUAAAAUGUCGACACAAAGGAAGAUGCUAAUAAUAGAUACAGACGGUGGUAUAGACGAUGCUCAGGCGAUCUUCAUGAUGUUGGACUCCACCGAGUAUGACGUCAUUGCCCUCACGUGCGUCAGGGGUAACAGUGGCGUGGAACAGGUUGUGUGCAACGUUCUGAAAAUACUCCGAGCUGCGGACAAAUUGAAUAUUCCAGUUUUUCCCGGUACCGCAUUUUCCAUUCUUGGCCAAAAAGAGAUAAAAAAUUCCUACCAAGGAGAUGACGGGUUAGGCGAUUGUCCGUCAAUAGAAGAACCGGAUGUCAGUAUUGUACAGAAAGAGGCAGCGACGGACGCAAUAAUCCGGUUAACGAAGGAACACCCAGGGGAGAUAACUCUGAUGUGUAUAGGCCCACUCACCAAUCUUGCGACGGCCCUGAAAAUGGACCCAGACUUCGGUAGUCGACUUAGAGACUGCUUUAUAAUGGGCGGAAACUACUACGGUAAAGGUAACAUAACAGUGAGCGCAGAGUUCAACUUCCACUCUGACCCGGAAGCAGCUUACAUAGCCCUGGAGCAGGUUCGAUGUCCCACGACACUGGUUGGUUGGGAAGUCUGUGAGGAAAACGGACCUACUUGGGAUCAGUAUCACGAACUGAGAAGAUUCCCUGGCAAACGGAACAAAUUCUUAAAGGCAAUUGAACAGAAACCUGUUGCCUAUUCAAUCGAGCAAGGCUGGAACUAUUCUCCAGCUGAUGAGUUCUUGGCAGCAUGUAUGUUGUGUCCGUCAGAGGUUGUCUUGGAAACCAAACACGUGUACGCAACUGUCGAACUUGGUGGGAAAUUUACCUAUGGACAAAUGGUGGUCGACUGGAACAAAGUACUCAAGAAAAAUCCUAAUUUAACUAUCGUUACCAAAAUCGAUAAAAAGGCUUUCUACACGGUGCUUCUGAAUACUGCAAAGAACGGCCUUUAACGUGUAUAUGUUGUAGUAAAUUUACGAGUACAGUAACAGUAAAAGUUUUCUGUUGAACGAGUACUUAGUUAUGAUAUAACCAUAGGGAUUUGGCACGAAUUCCAAACCAUCGAAAUGGAAAAUAACUUAAACGUAUCGAGAUUAACCAACGACAUUUUAUAUAGUAUACAGUAAACAGAGUUUUUUUACCAGAAUUGACCAAUUUAAAGAAUCACCGAAACCUUUUUGAACUUCACACCAUUUACCCAGAGAUGUAAUCAGGUGAUCCGAGAAGUAGGUACUCUUACCCUAAAUUCAUCAAUUAGGAUACUGACCGAUAGUGUGGAAACCAUUGACACGUACAUCCAUAAACAACUGACCAACAGUAAUCAUAAAUUAUUUUAAAUCGUCUUUUCUUUAGGCAAACAUCACAGGCGUCUGCUAUAGUACGAGUAGGGGCUAAAGGUUUUUUUCUAUUAAUUCUUACCAGAAACAGACGCCUGUGGCAAUUGUCCACAUUUAGACUCGUGAAACCGGAAGUGUGAACGAAAAAUAUUAUGUAAUCCCUAUCGCUGUACCGCUCAACCUGUUCAUGUGUAUCAAAAAAGGUGUAGGCACAAGUAGCCUUGCAUUGGUCGAUCGCGAGUGUACGCAUAUGUGCAGAACCAGUUGACACCGCCAAGCACGUGCAAAAUGAAGGACGAUCAUGAUAAGCUUGAUCAAUGUUUGAAAGGAAUCGACCCUGGAUUGUCUCAGUUUCGUGAUGAAUUUAAAAAGAUCGCUAUUACAUGUGAAGACACCCUCCGUUUUCUCAGACCACAAGAAGUAUCUAAUAUGAAUUUACACCUGGUGUUUAAACGGCUACUGAUGGAUCGCAUUGUUAAUCUGCAGACGCCAGAAACAAAACAAAAAAUGAAAAGGUCAGUAGAAAAAGAUGUCGACACCACAGUCCAUGAUACUCAAAAACUUAAAAAAAAACUGAGAAUGUUAGCAGGUAAAUGCAAAAUCCUGCAUCUCAGUGUAUUUAACGAAAGAUUCAUACAAUGUUUACAAACACAUCAUGCACCCGUACCUUCAUUUAGGUUAGUGACCGCCCGCUAUCGAAUACGCUUGUAACUUUAUUGACAUGUAGGCCUACCUGUGACAACAUUAUAUCGAUGCACUCCUGCACACAUAACUUGCAAUUCCGACCAAUCCCGGCUCACGGUUUCAAACGCACCUCAUGUGAUUGGCCUAGCAAAGUUACUGUACACCUUUCUGAUACACAUGAACGGUUAAGCGGUACAGCGAUAGGGAUUACAUAAUAUUUUUCGUUCACACUUUUUGUUUCACGAGUCUAAGAUGUUGACUAACGGCGAGGUUUAUCACAAAGUAAUAAACCGUCGAAGCUUCAGUAUCAAUUUGAUUUUUCUUUGGGUAAGUCACAAUUCUAAUAUUCAUUGGUAUGCGCGUGCACCCAUUCGUCUGUGCAUUUUGAAAUGGUGCUCUGUUAGGUCAUCCUGACGAAGGGUCAGGAUGACAUAUAACAUAUAAAGUCAUAUGAUAUAUAAAGUCGUGUUUUUAUCAUUAAGACGUAAACCAUUUAUUUAACUCGUUUUACUUCCGCUACUGCGGUCUCGCAGCAUUUUCGCUUGCCAAGAGUGUUCAAUACAAUGCAUUCCUUUUCUCUGAAUUGUAACUCUUGGUAAGCGAAGCCGACCUUUCAGCUGAGGAGUCGUAUAGCGAGUAAAAGCUAAUGUAUUUAUGUUUGCAUUUUAUCAAAUGAUCUUUACAUACAGCAGCUAUAGAGUGAUUAUUUGUCUCUGUUAAUGGGAUAUACCAUUUUGCUGCGCUGUAGAUUAGUUGCGUAAGACCUAUCCCCCUUGAAUAGUUGCCAUGAUAGACGAAUAGUAAACCCUGUAUCAACAUUAUGUACUGGAAGUAGAGUCAUGGUCCACGAAAAGCAUUAUCUAUAGUAUAGCACCGUAAGACACUCCUUCAUAAACAUAUGGAUUGAUGUGUCUAUGAAAAUGAAACUCCAUCACUGGGGUCAUUAUUAUUUUGUACAUUGUAAGAUUCGAUUCACUGUACACAUAUUAUACAUUGAAUUGUUUAUGUAUCAUCACUCGGGAAUAAAAAAAAAGCUGAUCGCUC